UCUCUCUCAGAAAGCCAUGGCAGAUGGUAUGGAUUCCGAUACAUGCAUCGGCAGCAAGCGAAGCGUGGAAGACACUCAAACUGUGUCUCCGAUUCCAGACCCACUUGAGAUCGCUUUUCCUCUGGAGCCAGACCUCGAUUUCAACCCCAAGCUCUCUCCUUUCCUCGUCUCCGAUUCACCCAAGAAGCUCAAGAUUUCACCUGACUCCGCCCGAACCUCUCACAUUUCUGGGUUUCAAGAUUCCAACAUGGGUUUUGUGAAAGAAAGCCUUGUUUCUAAUUUGGUUGAAGAAACCAAGGAGAAAGAAAGCCUUGUCUGUGAUUUUGUGGUGGUGGGAAUUGAAGUGGGUCUCUCUGGAAUUCAAGAACCCAAGAAAGGUUUCACUGCUGAGAAUCUGCUGGAUGUGAAGAAGAUGCAAUUGUUGGAGCAAGUUGAAGCCAUGGCAGGGGAAAAGGUCACUGCUUUGAAAGUUGAAGUGAUUGAAACUGUGCCAAUGGGUUGUCUGGGUCGUGCUCAAUCUGGUCCACAGAGGUGUGCAGCAAAGCAAGAAGUGACUGGGAAGAAGGCAAGAAAUCAAAGAAGGAAAGAGAAGCUGGCAAAUGGGUUCAAACCUGAGAAGAACACCCUCCCUGUGAGCUCUGGAGCCAACAACAACAACAACAACAACAAGAUCACUUACUCGAGGAUGGAGUUGGAGGCCAUGCGAUUUGUGAGCAUUGCAGAACAGAGGAAGCUGUGGAAAGAUGUGUACAAUGGGCUUGGGCCGGCCGUGGCAAGGGAGUAUGAUGAUAUGGCUGUCUCUAAGCAGCAGCAGAACAUCCAGUUCAACUCCGAUCAUCGCAACCGAUUUGGGGAAUCAUUAGGAAACUUGGUGAAUAAUGAUACCCAAGAUAUUGGUCUGGACCCUGUGUGCAGUUUUGAUGUCACAAAUGGAGAUGGGUAUCCAAUUCCAGAAAAGGACUUCAGCGAAGAUGAUGACAGUGACGACGAGUAUGCCAGCAUUCAGAGACCUGCCUUUUGGGUUGACGGAGAACCCAAUUUCGAAUCUGGGUCACCAGAAGAUGGAUUUGAGUAUCUUAGGCGUGUAAGGUGGGAAGCUGCUCAAAUCCCAAAAGUGAGGGUGGCCAAGGUCGAUAGAAGCAAAUUUAAUAGAGAGCAGAGUGAUUAUAUGCCCAAAAUUCCUGAGAUUGCCAAAUGUCCAGAACAAUUGCUGCCGCUGAAACAGUGGGAGGAUGCUUUUCUUUCUGAGUUUUCAGAGCUAAGGCUGGGUUUGUCUCGUUUUGAAGGUUCUAGUGCCAGCACAUCAGAAAAUUCGCAGGCAGAAAUUAAUCUCCACAAGGAUUGCACCUCCCAUCAGCCGCAGGCUGAUAUUGUUUCUGAAACUUUUGCUCAUGUCAAAUCUAUUGAAGUCGACUGCACUGAAACCUUCAAUCAGCAGUCAUCAACUGCUGAAGGUGGCAGCGCCUCGCCCCCUGUGGAAAGCUUCAGUCCUAAAUCUUCUGUGGAUCAUAGUUCCAGAAAUUCCCCUUUGUUGUCCGUAAUUUUUAGAUUAGACUCUGUUGCUAGAGUAUCGAUGUUGCGAAAACGCAUAAAGGCAGCAGAGGACACCAGCACACUGUCAAGGGAUGAUUGUCUUUGGCUAUUUGCACUAUGUGCAGUAAUUGAUACUCCAGUGGAUGCUGACACUAGUGCUUCUCUUCGGAGUCUGCUAAGGAAGUGUGCUGCACUACGGGCUACAAAAUCUACAGUUGAUGAUGAGUUGGAAAUGUUGAAUAUUCUUGCCACAAUAUCAGGAAGAUAUUUUGGGCAGUCAGAACACUGAUUGUUUCCUUAUCUUCUGCAUCUUUCCUCAAUGAUUAAAGGGACACUAGAUAUUGAAGAGCUGCAAUGUCUUUCUCGAGAGCUGGUCAUCCGUUUUUCAAGAACUGGAGUAUUUCAUUAUAUAUCCUUGGCAUGCUUGUUUGUGGUGCCAUAGUCCCCCAUCGUGACUUAGUUUGGUAUGUGUAUUAAACUGUUUGGAACUUGUAUCAGCAGUGCAGCAGUUCGGUAGAUAACUCAUUACAUAUAUUUUCUGUUGUGCUUUGAAUGUUUUCA